AUGCGUCCCGUUGUAGAGGACUCGUACUCCGUCACCCGCACCGUGGACGGCCUCCCUUAUUUCCUGUCCAUCACCGAUACAGCGGGCCAAGAGGAAUAUCGGGGGCUAUGGACUGCUUCCACUCUCAAGUCUGAUGCCUUUCUACUCGUCUACGAUAUAACGAACCCCGCAAGUCUGGAGACACUCAACCACUUCAUGGAAAUGAUCAAUAUGGAGGCCGAACAGCGCAUCGAGGAUAACGAACGAUUACGCAAAGAACUGGGCGCCCAGGCUGGACCGGGCGUCGGUAUGCCUCCCCCAGUCAAGAUUGUGGCAGGCAAUAAGUGCGACCUGAAAGAUGGACGUGCUGUCACUUCCCGCGAGGGGCUGGAAUAUGCCCGCCAACAUGGCUGCGGAUUUAUGGAGACCAGUGCACGGGAGAUGGUCAAUAUCGAGGAAACAUUUGCGCAUUUGGUCCGUCGCGUCGUGGAAGCACGCCGAGUCCACUCUCAACCGCAGACCAACACACUAGGCCGGCCCCCAUCUCGGGCUGGGCAAUCUGUGCAUACCACAGCCCUGCCCCAGACUAGCUCGGACCUUAUUACGAACCGACAGACACGAUCGCGGCGCAGUCGACUUUUCGGAUUUGGGAAAUCCCGAGCUUCAGCCACAACAGACAAUCCGUCGUAUAAUGAGAAGAAGAUCGAAGAGGAAGAACCAGAGGAACCAGAGGAGGAAGAUUCCCAUCCCAAGGGAUGUAUAGUACGGCAAUUGUGCUGUUAUUGUUGUCGCUGA